AUGCGACUGAUGGUCAAACUCCCUUUUAAAGGGAAAAACUUUAAGAAUAAGGAUAGGGAUAGUGAAAGCAAGCCCUCUUCAAGCUCAAAAGAACGGGUAAAAAGGUACAGGGAGAAACUAAAAUCAGAUCCCAAACUUAAGAAAAAGUUUGAAAAGUUGAAACAAAAAGUGAAGGCCGAGAAUGAAUUAUAUAGACAGAAGGUUAAAGAGCUGAGAAAAAACAAUUCUAAAUAUGAUAAAGAAAUAAAAGCCAAAGCCAGAUUAAGGCAGAAAAAGCACAGAAAGGCUGCUGCUCUUAAAACAGAAGCUGCUGAAAAUGCAAGUAUGUCAUCAGUUGAGUUACUAAGGUCAAAAUCAGCUGUGAAAGGGCAGACAACCACAAAACAAACAGAACGUGCAAGAAAAACUUUAUCAAAAGAAUCUCAUGCAUGGGCUAGCACAAAAAUUACAAAAGCAUAUGUCUAA